CCAGACCACUCGCCCAAUCGAUCGCGCGGUCGCGUUCGGGCUCCCGCGCCUUUCAAUUCGUGGACAAGAGAUCCCACGCCGGCCGAACAGGCUUGCUGGCACCGACGCCUCCCGUGAUCAGAAUCCAGAAAAUGACAGGUACACCAAGCACCGGGCGCCGCCUCGCCCUCCUCUGCUUCUUGUUCUCUUGCGUCGUGAUCGCGGCGCCGCGCGCCGCAGCCAGCCGGCCGAGCCGGCAGGACCUCGACGUCAACCUCGGCAGUGGCGGGGCCGGGAUCGGGAUCGGCAUCGGCAUCGGCGGCGGUAGGGGCGGCCAGGGGGGCAGCCCGUCGUCGGAGCCGCAGCCGUGCGACUUCGAGAACGAGCGGCUGUACAGGGCGUACCUCGUGAUCCAGAAGUUCAAGAAGACCGUGACGUGCGACCCGAUGGACAUCACCAGCAGCUGGACCGGCACCAACCUCUGCUCCAGCUACAAGGGCUUCUUCUGCGAGCGCCCGCCCAACGUCUCGGACCGGACCAUCGCGUCCGUCGACUUCAACGGCUACCGGCUGCAGUCGGCCUCCCUGCGGGGCUUCGUCGACGCCCUCCCCGACCUGGCGCUGUUCCACGCCAACUCCAACGAUUUCGGAGGCGCCGUGCCGGCACUCAGGGGCCUGCAGUACUUCUACGAACUCGACCUGAGCAACAACAAGCUCGCGCCCGCCAUAUUCCCGACGGACGUGUUGGGUCUCACCAACGCCACCUUCGUGGACAUCCGGUUCAACAGUUUCAACGGCGAGCUGCCGGCCGGCCUGUUCUGUUCGUUCCCAAAGGUGCAGGCCAUCUUCGUCAACAACAACCAGUUCUCCGGAAGCCUCCCGGCCAACAUCGGGGACUCGCCGGUGAACUACCUCUCCCUCGCCAACAACAGGUUUACAGGGGAAAUACCCAAGUCGAUCGCCCGCAGCGCCGGCACGCUCCUCGAGGUGCUCUUCCUCAACAAUAGCCUCAGCGGGUGCCUCCCAUACGAGCUCGGCCUGCUCGCCAAGGCAACGGUGAUCGACGCAGGCACGAACCGGCUCACGGGAACCAUCCCGGCGUCGUUUGCGUGCCUGCGCAAGGCAGAGCAGCUCAACCUGGCGGACAACCUCCUCUACGGUGAGGUGUCCGACGCGCUGUGCCGGCUCGCUUACCCGUGGUCGGGCCGCCUCAAGAACCUCACGCUCUCCGGCAACUACUUCACGUCGCUUGGGUCCUGCUGCUGGGACCUGCUCAAGGACGGGAGGCUCAACGUCAACGGCAACUGCAUCCCGAACGCGCCCAACCAGCGGUCGCACGAGGAGUGCGCCAGGUUUUUCCACCAGCCCAAGUCGUGCCCCGUCAGCACCUACCUACCGUGCAGCGCCAAGUACCACGGCUCCGGCGAGCCGGCCGACGCGGGCAGCAGGGAGGAGGCCACUGCGGUGGAGGAGCACAAGUACCGGACGUAUUCGGCCCUGCAUCCUUGAGGGCCCAGCCGGCUGGCCGGCGAGUGCACAGGUUGAAAAGGAGCAAAUAGCACUGUACGUCUCGUGAGCGUGAAACGACUGAUCAGUCGCUUGGCUCGUUGUGCUCGACGGGUUGUGUUGAUGUGUCGUGUACUUGUCUAGAAAUUAUCCCUUCCGAUCCACUAUUACAUUCCACUUAAUUCAGAUGCAUGGUAUGUCCCAGCAUGCAUGUCUCGCUAGAUUACGUGGUCAUAAUACAAGUGACGAUUUUCUUC